AUGUUUCUUUUUAUAGCUUCUGGAAAACAUAUUAUUUACAAAACAGUACUUGGUGACAUGUAUGUAACUGAUAUGAAUCGUACAAAAGGCCAUAAAUCAUUAUUAAAUUAUGGUUGUUGGAAUCCAUCAUCAAAUUCUGAAGAAUUUAUGACUUGUGCUGAUGAUUGUACAUUACGUAUAUGGUCAUUAAAUAAACGUGAUCAACAAUUACAUGUUAUUCGUACAAAAGGUGAAUCGGGUCGUGAUGUACGAACAACAACUUGUACAUAUAAUCAAUCAUUAUAUCAUAAUGAGAAUUUAAAUUUAAUCGCUGCUGGUUGUGAUAAUGGUAGUAUACUUGUAUGGGAUCGUCGUCGAUCAUUUGUACAUGUUACAUUUAAAUGUUUAAAUGCACAUUUACAAAAUGAAUCAAUAACAUCAUUAAAAUGGUCAUAUGAUAAUCAAAUAUUAGCAUCAAGAUCAACUGAUCAUACACUUAAAUUAUGGGAUAUAAGAAAAUUUAAUCAAUGUUUAUCAUCUUAUGAAAAUAUUUAUAAUCAUUUUUCUAUGACAAAUAUAUCAUUUUCACCAAAUGAUAAAUAUCUUAUCACUGGUGUAUCAAAAUUGAUUAAUUCAACUAAUAAUGAUAAUCAUACAAAUGGAAAAUUAAUAAUAUUUAAUCGAAAUGAUUUAUCAAAAAUAUGUAAUGAAAUUACAUUUAAUGAUAGUGUAAUUCGAACAAUAUGGCAUCCAAAAUUAAAUCAAAUAUUUACGACAACCAAUAAUGGACUUAUUCGUGUAUUUUAUGAUGAACAACGAUCACCUAUGGCUGGUGUUCGUUUAUGUCUUAAUCGUAAAGAAAGAAAAUCUAAAGAUACAAAUGAUUUUAUUACAAAUAUUGAUCCAAUUCUAGCCUCUAGUUCGACUUCAGAUUCUAUACAUGAGCCAAACAAAAAGAUUUUUCCAGAAAAAAGAAAAGAAGAACAUAAAUCUUCUUCCUUACAUCAACAUCUUAUUCAAACAAUAGUAAAACCUAAUUUUAUAGAAAAAGAAGAUUCACGAGUUGAACUAUUGAAAUAUGCUAAAGAAGCUGAAUCUAAUCCAAAAUGGAUUACACCAGCUUAUGUACAUACACAACCUAAACCAAUAUUUCAACAACAGAUUGAGGAAGAAGAUGAAGACGAUGAUCUAUUACCAAUAAGAAUGCAUAUUUCAGUAGCGAACUAUGGUGAUACUGAAGAGUUAUUAACAAUUGAAAUAGCUCCUGAUCUUACAAUAAAAGAUUUAAAAGCUGUAAUUGAAUCUGAAUCUGAUUUUGGAAUAAAAGCAGAUGAAAUGAAUCUUUAUAUCGAUGGCAAAUUACUUCGUAAUGAAAAUAAAACACUUGAAGGAUCGAAUUUAAAAGAUUAUGAUGUUGUUACAUGUCAACGAAAACCACGUAUGUGUUUUUUAAGGGAUUGUGAUUGA